AUGCAACUGGUAAUGAAAGAAACUGAGAAACCGCUAAUGAUACUAACAAAACCAUUGGACUUAAUGUGGCAUCAAAAUAAAACUGGCAAAGAAUUGGAGAAGAUUUUAUUGGCAACGGAAUUUCUCUAUGAAAAGUUUUCACAACAUUUUUUGGCAAUUGUGAGCGUGGAAAACGUGGCCGAUUUCACUCAUAUGGCCAAUAUGGCGAAAUUUCAUUUGCGGAAGCUACACACGGUCAAUUCACUGUGGAUUGUGCCACAAGCCAAGAUGACAGAUUUGCACGAAUUUUCAGAGCUCUGCUGGAACUGUGGAUUUACAAAUGUUCUAUUCUACUGCAAUAGUUCUUUAUAUGUUUACCACAAAUUUCCCACUCUGAAAGUGGAAAAACUUCCAUCGCUCUCGAGUUACUAUGAAAGGGAGGAAAUUCGCAAUUUUCAUAAAUUUCCCUUAACAUUUCCCAUAACUUCCAGCCCACCCAGAUGCUAUCGGUACAUCGAUCGUAGUGGAAACUUAACCUAUGUUGGCUAUAUGUUUAGCAUUCUUAUGAUUUUCAUUGAGAAGUUUAAUUUUACAUUUCGUGAAUAUCCUCACAAUUACGAUGACGAUGACAAAGAACCCCUGCUGGAGGCAUUGCAGACGGGUCACAUGGAUUUCACAUCAUUCCCCGUGUAUCCCAACAAAACCACCGAUGCCAGUGAUGUCCUAUGGAAUGCUAAUAUCUACAUAAUCGUGCCCAAAUCAAAACCCAUUGCAAAAUAUAAAUAUUUCUACAAACCCUUCGAUGAGUUUGUGUGGUUGUUGUAUGUCUUGGCAAUAUUGGGCGCCACCUCAGCGGUGGCCUUCUUAACUUUGUCAAAAUACUCAAUAUGGGACUUUUCGAAAUCCUUCAUUUACAUUUGCAGUAUUGCCCUGUAUCAGUAUCAACUAACCAUUCCGGUGCGUUCGUUGCGUUUCAACUUGCUCUAUAUUCUGCUGAUUGUCUACAACUUUAUCAUGAUCAACUAUUAUCUGUGUAUGCUCUCCAGUUUGCUGGUCACCACCCUAUAUGAGCCACAAAUUGACAGCAUUGAGGAUUUGGCAAGUACCAACCUUCGCUUCAAGGUCACCCAAUCGGAUAUGGAUUAUUACAAACAAUUGCCAAAUAUAUCACCCAUUGUGGAGAGUUUAUUCGUUCUGGAAGAUGGCAUAGUUCUGGAUGAUUUAUGA